GAGAGAGGAGAGAGAGAGAGAGACUAAAAGAGAGAAUUCUCUGAAUCUCUGCAAUGGAGGUCGUGAACAAUGUGGUUGUUCCAGAGGGCUCUGAGGCCAAGGAAGUUCUGAGCAACACCGAGCUCGAUUGUGGAGGCAGCAAUGGCGGCGACACUAAGACCGGCUGCGACGCUUCCUCCGAUCAAGAGCUCAGCAGCAAGGGCAAGAUCCGGAUUCAAGUCUCCAAGACCAAGAAGCCGCUUUUCUUCUACAUCAAUCUCGCAAAGAAGUACAUGAAGCAGUACUAUGAUGUUGAACUCACUGCUCUGGGCAUGGCUAUUCCAACUGUUGUCAUGAUUUCUGAGAGUCUGAAACGCAAUGGACUGGCAAUUCAAAAGAACAUAAGCACAUCCACUGUUGCUAAAUCCAAGGACGAAAAGAAAGGCCGGAUGAUUGUGAAGGCUCAGAUUGAGAUUCUGCUUGGGCAAGCUGAUAAGCUGGAGGAGAGCUCGGCUGUUGCUGCAACAUCAAACUAAGAAGGCUGCUGAUUUACUAGCUUCAGAUUUUUAGCAGAAACCAACAGGAGUUCUAAUUCUGGAAUAAAAAAGUUUC